AUGUCUUCUCCAUCGACUGGUGGCGGCGCAUCGUCACCGCUUCCCGAUGCUCGCCGUUCACGCUUCACGUACCGUCAGCUUGCCCAGCUGUCGACUUACAGCGUCACCACUCCUCUGCGUGUUAUUGCCCACAUAGAUCUCGACGCCUUUUACGCACAGUGUGAGAUGAUCAGGCUCGGGAUUCCGGAAGAUAAGCCGCUCGCGGUUCAACAGUGGCAAGGUCUCAUUGCCGUCAACUACCCAGCAAGGACAUGGGGAAUUGGGCGCCACUGCAACAUCACAGAAGCCAAGAAACUGUGCCCGGAUCUAAUUGCACAACACGUUGCCACUUGGAGAGAAGGUGAUGACAAGUGGGCAUAUCGAGAUGACGCUGCCGCCAAUAUUGUAACGGACAAAGUAUCCCUCGACCCCUAUCGCUUGCAAUCAAGGAAGAUCCUUGCAACUAUCAAAGAAUCCCUUCCAAAAGACCUGCAAAAAGUAGAAAAGGCAAGCGUCGAUGAGGUCUUCCUGGAUCUCUCAGCCCAAAUCCAUGCCGAGCUUUUACGCCGCUUUCCCGAGUUGUCAAGUCCGCCUCUAUCCGACGACGUGUCUCAGCAUCUCCCUUUUCCAUCCGCCGCAGCUUUAGAUUGGCAAAAUGAUAAUCUUAUUGGCCUUGAGGAAGACGAGGAAGCCGUCGACCCCGACUGGGACGACGUAGUCAUACUGAUUGGCUCCGAAAUCGUUCGCCGUGUUCGAGCUCAAGUGCGGGAAAAGCUAGGAUAUACAUGUUCUGCUGGCAUUGCCAACAACAAGCUGAUUAGCAAGCUGGGCUCGGCUUUCAAGAAGCCAAAUGAACAGACGAUUAUAAGAAGCCGAGCGGUAAUGUCAUUUUUAACGGAGAUCAAAGUGACCAAGAUGCGUAAUCUCGGAGGUAAGCUGGGAGAUCAAGUCGUUUCUACGUUUGGCACAGAGAGUAUCAAAGAGCUUCGUGAUAUCUCGUUGGAUCAAUUCAAAGCAAAACUUGGCGAUGAAACUGCCAUUUGGUUCUACAACACUAUUAGGGGCAUCGAUCAUAGCGAGGUCAACUCGCGAACACAGAUCAAAUCUAUGCUUUCAGCCAAGUCUUUUCGUCCAUCGGUAAAGUCCUCCGAACAGGCAACCAAAUGGCUAAGGAUUUUUGCCGGCGAUAUUUACUCCCGUUUGGUGGAAGAAGGCAUACUGGAACAUAAGCGAUGGCCACGUACAAUCAAUCUUUAUCACCGUCACGCUGGGCAAACCCGCAGCAGGGGAUGCCCAAUCCCCACCGGAAAGCCUCUAGAUGAGCAAGCUCUUUUUACCCUUUCCAAAGAGCUGCUUCAUCAAAUUGCUGCCGAGGGCGACACCUGGCCCUGUGCCAACUUGAGCUUGAGCGUUAGUGGGUUCGAGGAAGGCGUCAAGGGUAACAUGGGGAUUGGUGCUUUUUUCAAAAAAAGGGACGAGACCCCUCCUCCAUUACGAUCUUCCAAUAAUACCGAGUCUGAGAAUGUGGCUAUAGAGCAGCCGAGCAAGAAGCCCCGACUGGAUAAGCGCAGUAUCGAGCGAUUCUUUUCCAAACAAAACACUGCUAGUCGUCAAGGCUCUCCCCAUGAGACACAGCAGCUGAGCAUCGAUAAGCAGCAACCUGAGAUUGCCGAUUCUUCUAGGUUUGAUCAAGAACAGAAAGAAGCGGGCAUGUCGGAGGCGGAAACCAAUACAUCUAAUCACGACUUGUCAGGCCCAGAAGAUCCAUCAUAUCCCACGGACCUGACCUGUCCCAGAUGCAAAGCUAGCUUCGACGACGAGGUGUCGCUACAGAGCCACGAAGACUGGCACUUUGCCAAAGAUAUCCAGGAUAGCGAACGUGUCAAGCCCGCAUUUCCCGAGCAGCCAGCCACUUCCCGCAGCCAUGGCCCGAAAGGCUCUGUCCCUGCUUCUAAACGUGGGCGCCCAAGAUCAAAGCGCGAGCAGGGGCAAAGCAAGCUCAGGUUUGGAUGA